UUGCAUCACUUGAGGAUGCUUAGAGUUUUAGGGGGUGAAUUUGCUAUAAUAUAAUAAUGUGAGUGGAUGGAUAAUUUAUUAUACUUCUUCCAUUUUUUUUUUAUUGCACGGGUUGAGCACAACUUUUUUUGGUAGUGGAAAAAAGGAUGAGAGAGAAAGGUAAAUAUACAAAAUUGCCCAUGUGAUGGUUUACAUAAACUAAAAAAAUCAAGUGUUGAAAAGUAAGGGUAUAUUUGUUAUUUGUUGUAAACAUAAAUAUUUCUUUUCCUUAAAUAGAAAUGGUGUCAUAUUUGUGAUAUUUCCUUAAAAAGCAAAUGAUGCAAUAUUAAAAAACAGUAAAAUUGUAAAAGUAAUGUGUGGACCAUUAAAGUGAAAGUAUGUGUGAGAGAGUAGUGGGGACCAUGAGAGAAAGAAAUGAUAAAUUAAUUUAAGUGAGGUUUAAAGUAAGGAAGAUAAAUGAUACUAUAGUAUAAUGUUACUAUAUAUAAAAGUGAUGCAAAUAAAAUAAAACAUCCAUAUAAAGUAAGUGAUGCAAAUAAAAUAAAACAUGUAUAAAAGACAAGUGAUGCAAAUAAAAAAAAACAGUAAAAUAAUACUGGAAUAAGAAAAUGGAUGAGAAAAGUGUUGUCAUUAAUCACAAACAAAAAUUGUUUAAAAUAGAUGAAAAAGUGUUGCAAUUGCAAAUAAUCAGAAAAGAAAAUUGUUUUAAAUACACUUUAUUAUCAUAAGACCGAUUUUACGAGUCACUAAAUCACUGUAAGCUUGUAACCUUAUUCCAAUCUCUUUCUAUUGUCCACCCCAUCAAUCUAGAGUUUCUAGACUGUACAAUUUGUUGAUAACUUCUCGCGAGUAUGAACAAAAGUGGUCCCCAAAUUAAAGUUGCGUAGCUUAUUUAUUUUGACAAUAUAUAACCAUAAAGUUCCGUAUUAAUCUCAUUUUUUUCUAAGUUGAAAAUUCACACCAAAAAUUGACUACUACUCCUCCUCCUUAAAACUAUAUGUCAUCCCUAUUCCCAAAAUUAGAACAUCCCCUGAAAGUCCUUACACAUUUACGCCCAAAAACGAAAACAGGAACUAUAAUGACAUCGGUUACCCAACCGGUCUUAGCAUUCAACCGUCAGGACGAUGUCAAAAAAUUCGAAGACACAAAACUAGGAGUUAAAGGCCUAGUCGAUUCAGGUGUCACCCAAAUCCCUUCCAUCUUCCACCACCCUCCAGAAAGCCUGAUCAAUUCAGCACCCGACACGGAUCCUGACCCAAUUCCCGUGAUCGACCUAUCAGGUCCAACACCAGAGGUGGUGGACCAAGUCCGUAAAGCCGCGGGAACGUUUGGGUUUUUUCAAGUGGUAAACCAUGGAGUCCCAGUUUCUCUCCUUGAUCGCCUUGUAAAAACGGUCAAGGCAUUUCACGAACUCCCGCCUGAAGAGAGGAUGAAGCAUUACCGGAGAGAUAUGGCAACUGGUGUUACCUACUUUUCGAACAUUGAUCUCUUCGUAUCAAAAGCUGCCAGCUGGAGGGAUACGUUACAACUUCGGUUGGGUCCUACUAUGGCUGAUAUUGAUGCUAUUCCGGAUAUAUGCAGAAAUGAGAUUCUUGAAUGGGAUAAGGAAGUGAAACAGCUAACUGAGAAGCUAUUGGGACUAUUCUCUCAAGGAUUGGGAGUGAAAGCCGAUAAGUUGACAGAGAUGUCAUGUUCAGGAGGAAGAGUCAUGGUUGGACACUACUAUCCUUAUUGUCCCGAGCCUAACAAGACAGUUGGGAUCGCGUGCCAUACAGAUCCCGGUGUUCUCACUGUGCUGCUGCAGGAUCAAGUUGGUGGGUUGCAAAUUAAACAUGAAGGAAAUUGGGUGAAUGUGAAACCAGUCCAUGGUGCACUUGUUAUUAAUGUUGGUGACCUUCUUCAGAUCCUCUCGAAUGAUAAGUACACGAGUGUAGAGCACCGAGUGUAUGCUAAUCCUCAGCAUGAACCACGGGUGUCAAUCGCUGUGUUCUGCAACCCUAGCAAGAGGGAUGACUUGUAUGGACCAUUACCAGAGAUAGUAUCACCUCGAGAACCUGCACAUUACCAGCAAUUCACAUACUCAGAAUUCAUUAACAGGUUUUUUAAAAAGGAACUGGAUGGAAAGUCCUUGGCCAAAUACUUCAGUUUGGAAAACGAGUGAUUAAUCAUGUUGGGAUGAUUUGUGAUCAUGUAACUGCUCGGCGUGAUUGUGUAGUUAAUCUAUGAAUCAUUUGGUUCCGUUGAUGUACUGAUGUGUACUCUUUCAUGUCAGAAUUGUGGUUAACCUGUAUUUAUCUUGAGCCUUCCAUCACUAAUCAUGUUGUCAUUUUAUUGAAAAACAGAACAGUCAGAAUUGCGGUUA